AUGACGAACGAAUGUAAAAUUUGCAAAAUUAGCGUACAAGUUACCCAAAAGAGAAUAAAAUGCAUUAAAUGUCAAUUACUAUACCACUUUGAGUGCAUUGUACCAUCUGGAAAUAAGUCGCCUGUGGCCCGUGGCCAGUGGAUUUGCCCGCACUGUCAAAGUAGUUUACCGUCGAUUUCGCUUGAAAGUAACCUAAAUGAAAACACUACCGAUUCUAACGACUGGUUAUCGGAUAUAAGGAAAGAACUGAAGGAAGUCAUCUCUCAAACUGUAAGUGUGGAGUUAAGAAAAAUCCGCGAGGAAUUAAGCGGGCUUCAAACCAUCAAGUCUUCUCUCGACUAUUUGUCAAGUCUAUUUGAUACGGCUAAGCAAGAGUUGGAGGACGCUAAAAAGGAGAUUAUAAUUUUGAAGAAGAGCAAUAGUGAUCCCAGAGAAAUUAUAAACAGUCACACAAAUACGAUCAAUAUACUCGACAAGGAGGCAAGAGCCAGCAAUAUUGAGUUACAUUGCGUUCCGGAGUUUAGAGGCGAAAACUUAGUCAAGACGGUAGAACAAAUAGGAAGAGUAGUAAACAUUCCUAUCGCUGAAGGGAGUCUAAUUAAAUGCACCCGUGUCGCUAAACUUAACAAGGAAUCGCCCAGGCCUAGAUCUGUAAUCGUCAAGUUCAGCUCCUCUCUGCUUCGAGAUAAGUUUUUAGCUGGCGUAAUCAAUUUUAAUAAAGCGAAUAAAGACGACAAGUUGAACACAACACAUCUUGGAAUUUCUGGAGAAAAAAAACCGGUGUAUAUUUCAGAGCACUUGUCUUCGACAUCGAAAGACAUCUACGCCGCAGCGCGUUCUUUUGCAAAGAAUAAACAAUACCGUUUUGUUUGGUCGCGUAACGGUAAUAAUAUUUUCUUACGGAAAACCAUAUCUAGUGACAUACUAUUGGUGAAAUCUAAAGAAUUCCUGGAAACAUUGGCCUGA